AUGUUGCAUGGAAACCUCCCGAAUCCAUUCUUUGGAGUAACUUAUUUCUCAGUCUCAAACAAUAAAUUUAGCAGGGAUAUCUCCUUUCUGUUUUGCAAUGGAAGCUCACUUGUGAUACUCAACUUGUCUCACAACAACUUGUCAAGACCUAUUCCACAAUACCUUGUUGGCCUCCCCAAUCUCUCAGUUCUAGACCUACAGAUGAAUGGUUUUUUUGGAACUUUACCAAACAAUUUUUCAGAGAGUAGUGCCUUGCAAACUUUUCAUUUCAAUAGCAAUCGGCUCAAGGGAUCGUUAUCUCUAUCUUUGGCUCGUUGUACUCAGCUAGAAAUUUUUGAUAUUGGACACAACAAGAUCAGGGAUACCUUUCCUGGUUGGCUUGAUGAUUUGCCAGAGUUACAAGUACUUGUUUUAAGAGAGAAUAAGUUUUAUGGAGCCAUUUCUAGUUCUAAGACCAAGCAUCCAUUUCCUAAGUUAAAGAUUUUUUACAUUUCCAACAACCAUUUUAAUGGAUCUUUGCCAGCAACAUACAUCAAGCAGUUUGAAGGAAUGAUGAAAAUAGAUAAUGUUGAAGCUGGUUCGCAAUAUAUGGAAAGUAAAAAUUAUUCAAGAUAUAAGGAUUCAGUGAUGAUCACACGGAAAGGUUAUAUCGUAGAGUUGAAAAGGAUAUUGACAAUAUUCGCCACUAUCGACUUGUCAAAUAAUAGAUUUGAUGGGGAGAUUAAGCCAUUGGAGAGCUACAUGCACUAA